GCCACUGUCUUCAGGGACGAGGACAACUGCUGGGAACUUCAGAACUCUCUGGUGGGCGUGGACAGAGCUACCCCAUGGGGAUGCUGUACAGAGUCACUGGAUAAAGACAGGAAAGAUGCUCAGAACUAUUCCUGACACAAAGAGCACUGCGUCAGUGUGGCUGACACCGUGGUGAUUGCUGAGUGCCAUCUCGGUGACAUCACACAAAAAGGAUACGAAAAGAAGAGGUCAAAAUUAAUUGGAGCCUACCUUCCCCAGCCUCCGAGGGUGGAUCAAGCACUGCCUCAGGAGCGCCGGGCUCCCGUCACUCCCUCCUCCUCCUCUCGCUACCACCGCCGGCGGUCCUCAGGGUCCCGCGAUGAGCGCUAUCGGUCAGACGUUCACACAGAAGCCGUCCAGGCUGCACUUGCCAAACACAAAGAAAGGAAGAUGGCGGUGCCCAUGCCUUCAAAACGCCGGUCCCUGGUGGUGCAGACCUCUAUGGAUGCCUACACCCCUCCAGACACCUCUUCCGGCUCAGAGGACGAAGGCUCGGUGCAGGGCGACUCCCAGGGAACGCCCACCUCCAGCCAGGGCAGCAUCAACAUGGAGCACUGGAUCAGCCAGGCCAUCCAUGGCUCCACCACAUCUACCACCUCUUCCUCCUCCACACAGAGCGGGGGCAGCGGGGCCGCCCACCGGCUGGCCGAUGUCAUGGCCCAGACGCAUAUAGAAAACCAUUCUGCACCUCCUGAUGUCACCACUUACACCUCAGAACACUCGAUACAGGUGGAGAGGCCGCAGGGCUCAACCACAUCCCGGACGGCACCAAAGUAUGGCAACGCCGAGCUCAUGGAGACCGGAGAUGGAGUACCAGUAAGUAGCCGGGUAUCAGCAAAAAUUCAGCAGCUUGUCAAUACCCUCAAACGACCCAAACGGCCACCGUUACGAGAAUUCUUUGUUGAUGACUUUGAAGAAUUGUUGGAAGUUCAGCAACCAGAUCCAAACCAACCAAAGCCAGAGGGGGCACAGAUGCUGGCCACGCGUGGGGAGCAGCUGGGUGUGGUCACGAACUGGCCGCCGUCCCUUGAGGCCGCGCUGCAGCGAUGGGGAACCAUCUCCCCAAAGGCCCCCUGCCUGACCACCAUGGACACGAACGGGAAGCCACUGUACAUCCUCACUUACGGCAAACUGUGGACAAGAAGCAUGAAGGUUGCCUACAACAUUCUGCAUAAAUUAGGUACAAAGCAAGAACCCAUGGUGCGGCCUGGAGACAGGGUAGCGCUGGUGUUCCCCAACAAUGACCCGGCGGCGUUCAUGGUGGCCUUCUACGGCUGCCUGCUGGCUGAAGUCGUGCCUGUGCCCAUCGAAGUGCCACUGACGAGGAAGGACGCGGGGAGCCAGCAGAUAGGUUUCUUGCUUGGAAGCUGUGGCGUGACUGUAGCCUUGACUAGUGAUGCUUGCCAUAAAGGACUACCAAAAAGCCCGACGGGAGAGAUCCCACAGUUUAAAGGUUGGCCAAAGCUACUGUGGUUUGUCACAGAGUCAAAGCAUCUUUCUAAACCUCCACGAGACUGGUUCCCGCACAUCAAGGAUGCAAACAAUGACACUGCUUAUAUCGAGUACAAGACGUGUAAGGACGGGAGCGUGCUUGGCGUGACCGUGACAAGGAGUGCGCUGCUCACGCACUGCCAGGCCCUGACACAGGCGUGUGGCUACACAGAAGCUGAAACCAUUGUGAAUGUGCUGGAUUUCAAGAAGGACGUCGGGCUGUGGCAUGGCAUUCUCACGAGCGUCAUGAACAUGAUGCACGUCAUCAGCAUCCCCUACUCACUGAUGAAGGUGAACCCACUCUCCUGGAUCCAGAAGGUCUGCCAGUACAAAGCAAAAGUGGCUUGCGUGAAAUCAAGAGAUAUGCACUGGGCAUUAGUAGCACACAGAGACCAAAGAGAUAUCAACCUCUCCUCUCUACGAAUGUUGAUAGUGGCCGAUGGUGCAAAUCCCUGGUCGAUUUCUUCUUGCGAUGCAUUUCUCAAUGUCUUCCAGAGCAAAGGCCUGCGGCAGGAGGUCAUCUGUCCAUGCGCCAGCUCGCCCGAGGCCCUCACGGUGGCCAUCCGGAG